AAAAAAAAAAAAAAAAAAAAAAAAACUUACUCUAAUAGAAGACCGACUUCUAUCCGUCCUACCGUCCGACCUAAGACCCCUUUGAUGAGCCGCAACCCUAUAUACCUUUCAUCAUGGUACUGGUUGGCCAAGGAGGUGGAGAAAGAAGAGGCUGUGAAGGUACUUGGCUAUAGUGGAUGGGUGAAGGAGGUGGAGGAGGAAGAAGGUGUGAAGGUGUUUGGCUAUGGCGGAUGGGUGAAGGAGGCGGAGGAGGAAGAAUGCGUGAAGGUGCUUGGUUGUGGUGGAGUGGUGAAGGAGGUGAAGGAGAUGGAGGAGGAAAAAGGUGUGAAGGCGCUUGGUUAUGGUGGAUGGGUGAAGAAUGUGGAGAAGGAAGAAGGUGUGAAGGUGCUUGGCUAUAGUGGAAGGGUGAAGGAGCAGCUGGAGGAGGAUGAAGGUGUGACAGUGCUUGGCCAUGGCGGAUGGGUAAAGGAGGUAGGGGAGGAAGAAGGUGUGAAGGUGCUUGGCUAUGGUGGAUGGGUGCAGGAGGUGGAGGAGGAUGAAGGUGUGACGGUGUUUGGCCAUGACGGAUGGGUGAAGGAGGUGGGGGAGGAAGAAGGUGUGAAGGUCCUUGGCUAUGGUGGAUUGGAGAAGGAGGUGGAGGAGGAAGAAGGUGUGAAGGUACUUGGCUAUGGUGGAUGGGGCAAGGAGGGGGAGGAGGAAGAAGGUGUGAAGGGGAGGGAGAUGGAGGAAGGAGGUGUGAUGGUGCUUGGCUAUGAUGGAUUGGUGAAGGAGAUGAAGGAGGAAGAAGGUCUGAAGGUGCUUGGCCAUGGUGGAUGGGUGAAGGAGGUGGAGGAGGAUAAAGGUGUGACGGUGUUUGGCCAUGGCGGAUGGGUGAAGAAGGUGGAGGAGGAAAAAGGUGUGAAGGUGCUUGGCUAUGGUGGAUGGGUGAAGGAGGUGGAGGUGGAAGAAGGUGUGAGCGUACUUGGCUAUGAUGGAUGGGUGAAGGAGGGGGAAGACAAAAAAUGUUUAAAGGUGUUCGACUAUGGUGGAUGGGUGAAGGAGGUAAAGGAGGAAGAAUGUGUGAAGUUUUUUUGCUAUGGUGGAUGGAUGAAGGAGGUGGAGGAGGAAGAAGGGGUGAAGGUGUUUGAAUAUGAUGUACAAGUGAAGGAGAUGAAGGAGGAAGAAGGUGUGAAGGUCCUCGACUAUGGUGAAUGGGUAAAGGAGGUGGAGGAGGAAGAAGGUGCGAAGGUGCUUGGUUAUGGUGGUUAGUAAGCUUCCGAUGCUUUCCUACUUGUAUUGUCCUAACAUCU